AUGGUAAAGUAGGCGGGACCUACGGAAGCCGCAGUGGCCGUGGGUGAAUCCUAAACAAAAAACGCGAGUUGGGGAAAUCACUCAACUAGAGCCGCCGGGUACACGGAGAAGACAGGGACCACUCGCCCUUGUCUCUGCCUCGCGGUGUCUCUAGCGGUUUCCCGGUGUCUCUGCCUCGCGGUGUGUCUGUCUCCCGGUGUCUCUGCCUCCCAGUGUCUCUGCCUCCCAGUGUCUCUGUCUUCCAGUGUCUCAGUCUGUCUCCCGGCAUCUCUUUUUCCCUGGUCUGUGUGUGUCCGUGCUGGUGGAUCUCGGUGUGUCCCUGUCUCCGUGUCCCUUGUCUAGGAACAGCAAAGAACAAUGCGGAACAGGAGAGUGAGUGAGUGCAGGACAGACUUGGACUUUGAGCAGAGACCCUGGGACCAGUAGGGGCUGACAAAGACAUGGAGGAAGGAGUGAAGACGUUUAUGCUGCGAGGAGACUUGAGCUCAGCUGAGAGAGCGAGAAUCACCCACAGCGCUAAUUCCUCCUCAACCACCAUGGCGCUCCAGGCUGAGGGUGGUUGUGGUGGUGGUGGCGGUGUUGUGAUUGGUAGUGAUGGUGUCGGUGGUGGUGCUGCUGAUGGUCGUGAUGAUGACGAUGAUGAUGAUGAAGCUGGCAGUGAUGGUGCCUGUGAUGGUGUGGUCAAGGAUAACCCCACGACCCUGCAACCACUGCGGUUGUCAUGGUUGAUGAUGGCGGUGGUGGUGGUGGUGGUGGCGUGGUUGUGGUUGGGUGGUAGUGGGGAGGGGAGUGGUGUGGGGGAGCGGCCCCCUGCUCUGAUCUCAGUGAUCAUCGACGCGGGCAGCACGGGGACGAGACUGCACGUCUACACGUUCAGCCGCCCGCAACCUGGGGGGCGCCGCAUGGUGCUGCAGGGCGAGGAGUUCCUCUCCGUGGAGCCGGGCCUCUCUGCCUACGCCAACCACCCCGAGCAGUGCAGGGCGUCUGUGCGCUCGCUGCUCGCAGUGGCCCGGCGCCACGUGCCGCCCACGCUGUGGUCCUGCACCCCCCUCUCCCUGCGUGCCACCGCGGGCCUCCGCUUGCUGGCCCCACACACGGCACACGCCCUGCUGCAGCAGGCGAGGGAGGAGCUGGAGUCGUCUCCGUUCCUCAUCUCAGAUGUCUCCAUUAUGGCCGGCAGCGACGAGGCUCUGCUUGCCUGGGUCACGAUCAACCUCCUGAGAGGGGUCCUGUUCAACGCACCGCGGGGAGACACCGCUGGGAUCCUGGACCUGGGGGGUGGAUCAACACAGAUCACGUUCCGGCCUCACAGCAAGAUCAGCUCUGACGCGCCCCCCCAAGAUUUCAUGGUGGAAUUUCACCUGGCUCCCACGACCUUUAACCUCUACUGCCACAGCUACCUAGGCCUGGGCCUCAUGUCUGCACGUCUCUCCGUGCUGGGCGUGGAGGAAGGUGCUGCCGUGGAGGCCGGAAGGACGCUGCACUCCCCGUGUUUGCCAUCCACGUUCUCCGGACUGUGGACCAACAAUGGCAUCGAGUACCACGUGUCUGGGGCUGCCCUCGAAGAGUGUGGGUACGAGAGCUGCGCUGGGCGAGUUCGACUCCUGCUGGGCCACUCCGUGCACCGGCCCCAGGAGUUGGGGUCGCACUCCUUCUACGCCUUCUCCUACUACUACGACCGCGCCGUCGACAGCGGCCUAGUCGAUGAGGAGCUGGGGGGGUCGGUGACUGUGCAGCAGUUUGAGGACAAAGCGAGGGAAGUGUGUGGGGCCCCAGAUUAUUGGGCGGAGCACCCCUUCCUGUGCCUGGACCUCACAUACAUCUCCACGCUACUUGAGCACGGCUUUGGCUUCCAGCCAGACUCAACCCUCAUGCUGUCGAAGAAGGUGGGCGGCGUGGAGACGGGCUGGGCGCUGGGAGCCGCCUUCCGUGACCUUGCUGAGAUGCAGGGCGAGCAGUGAGCCUGAAGCAGGCUCCCAUGGUCAGCACCCGGCCCACUACUUCACUUUACCCGGUCCCGCAGAUGAUGCGGGGGGUAGGGGGAUGGUGGACAUGCAGACACGGCCCCAGCGGCGACGCAUUUGGCACUCAUUGUUGUGGAGGUUCGCGGUUCGAAGCCGCCGGGCAGUCCUGGUUAACAUUGCGGUGUGUGUAUGUGUGUAUGUAAUGUUGAGCUUAUCUGUACCGUAACUGGAUGGAGCACGGGCAAUAAGUGCGUGCCUGUUACUAUCUCAGUAUGUCACCAAUGUAAUGUUUGUAG